AUGUAAGGCAUGAAUUGGGUCAGUAAGGAACUCAAAAAGUCCUUCAUAACGUUCAAGCUAGACGAGAUCAACCAAAACAUUCUAAAGUCUAUAGAGAUAGCUUAGAUCAUUUACUUAGUAGCGAUGGUUGAUGCCUAUUUCAACAAUAAGUCCUGGGCGUUGAUUGUCCUCAUAGUCAGCUUGAUUUUGUUUUAGUUUAUCAAGAAAAAUUUAGAAAUCAUAAAAGAAAAAUCCAACAAAAUCAAGGCUGAAAGAGCACUCAGUUUGCCUGACAUUUAAUCAGAAAAUUAGUACAAUACAUAUGAUUCAUUAUCUGUAAAUAACGUAAUAUAAAAUUUGGAUCUUAAGAUUAAUUAGAGGGCUUUGUCAGUGGACUUCAACAUGCAAUUUAUGAAUAGAUUUGAUGAAAAGAGACAGCAAAUGGUCAUCACUGACAAAAGAGGGAUAGAAGCAAAAUCAUCUUUAAACACAGAUCUUCAUCAUAUCAAAACUUCCAAUAACUACAACGAGUUGAUUAGUGAUGCAUCCAUUAAGUUAAGCAAUAACUUCAAUUAGCAAGAAUCUGAAAGUAACAAUAGAGAAUCAAUGACUGACCUAGAUUCAAUGCUUCUCGGAAGUAAAUCUCCUGAGAUAGCUAAGACUUCUAAUCAACUGCGGUUCAGAAAUAAGAAAGGUCCUGGCAAUUUAUAAAAUUCUUCAGGAGCUCUAGCUCAUUAAGCAAGCUCAGAAAUAUCAGAUUAAUCUUCAAUGUUCUCUUUUGGAAGAAAAAUUAAGAGCAAAAUAUAUCACAGGAGAUUUGAGAGAUACAUAUAAGCACCAGUCAAAUUAGCAGCAGGCCUUUUCAAGACUAAAGACAGAGCUUAAAGAAAUAUCUACUCACAAGAUGUAUUAGGAAUUCUGUUUUUCAUUAUAUUCUAAUCUAUUUACAUCAUCUCGAGAGAAUAUGUAGUUAGAGGUUCACUUAUUAUGGUUAUAAUGAUGUACCAGUAAAAUGAGUCAUUUAUCGAAAAUAUCUGUUUAUUCGGCUAUACUCUUGGAACUCUUUAUUUGAGUAUCUUAAGGUUGAAGUAUUUAGAGGACACUGAUUAUACAUAGUUUGAAAACACCCAUAUGCUUUAAUCUAGCAAAAAUUUGAUUGAGUAAAUUUUCAACACAGUACCUGAUGGUAUCGGUGUCAUUGACUUUACUGGCACUUCUUUUUCAAACAAGAUUUUCACUGACUUGAUUGGGGAUCCCUCAAACCCAGAUUCAUUCUUUAAAAAUUUGAAAUAAUUUAUUCGAGAAGGAUAGAAUAACCAAGGAACAGCAUUUACACUAUUUGAAGAUCUCAAAAUUUACCAUAAGAACAUUUUGUCUUAAAAUAGGCAGAACUCAUUAGCCUCAGAGUCACGAGAAUACUUUACAGUUUAGCAAACAUAGAAAAAUAAAAAUUCUAAGAUAGAGCCUAGAAAGUACUAUAUGAUAUUCAUGAGCAAAAUUAUCUUUGAGGGAAAAGUAUGUUUACUUUUAACAAUGAGAGAUGUUACUAAUCAAAAAGUGAUACAAGAAAAAAAGCUAGUUGACGAGGUAAAAAACAGAAUAUUCAAAUCAUUCACUCACGAGCUAAAGAACCCAUUGAAUUAAUUUGAUUUGGACAGUUUUAUCACAAGAAUUGAGAAAACUAUGAUUAAUCAGCUUAAGUCGUAAAAUGUCGUUUUCAGAGUGAGCAGAGACCCUGAUUUGCCCAAGAUUAUAUACAGUGAUCCUGAGAAACUAGAAUAGAUAUUACUGAAUCUUUUGUUAAACGCUUAAAAGUUUACUUAAAAAGGCUGGAUAAAGUUCAAGAUUAUGAAAUACUAAACGAAAAAAAUUGAAAUCGGAAAUGACAAGGAUGAUUUUCAUAUAAGAUUUAUGGUUCUUGACACUGGAAAUGGAAUCGAGAAGGAGAGAGUUCAAACUAUAUUUAAUUUGUUCGAACAAAAUUAAACUGGAAUCGGAAAAGAAUCUCUAUAAAACAAGAAAUCUGCUGGACUGGGCCUAACAAUUUCAUAAAACCUUUGCAUUGCCCUUGGAGGUUAAAUUAGAUGCAAGUCAGAAUUGGCUCAGGGUUCAGUAUUCUAUUUCGAUAUUAAGUACACUCUUGAGAAAGAUCUUCAGAAAAGCAAAAGUCUAAAUCCUAAUGAUCUCAACUCUGCUCAAAUGAACAGGGUUAUAUCACCAAAUGGCUAUAGCAUUUAAGAUGAGGACAAAAUUGAAGAGAAUGAAGCAGUGUACAUGUACAAGACUUAAAUUGGUAAAUUUAAUACAACUUUUGAUUAAAAUGAUAUACCGAUUGAUGAAGUCGACUAGGAUGAGUUUAACUAUGCGAAAAAUUUUUCAGGCCUCCAAAAUAAAUUUACAAAUUUAGGACCAAAUCAAAAUUAGUUAAAUUUAGGAAUACAUACAAUCCCCGAACAUCUAAGUGAACAAUCGUAAUCAAUGAGCUUCAAAUUGACUAACAAUGAUAAUAGAAGGAAUUCUGAUUAGUACAACAGUAUAAUGAAUCAUAUUAUGCACCCAGAAGGCUCUGUUUCAAAUCAAAAUCCUGCAAUGUAAAUGAGUAGUAAAACUGCAUGCUUUGAGGAGGAAAAAUAGUCUAGAGCUUAGAAAAACUAUGAAAAUGCUAAUCUAAAAAUUAAAAAGAUCAUUCAAAAUGACAAAAAUUACUCAUUCACAGGAUUGAAAGACUUAGUUUCAAAUCCAGAUUUAUUUGAGCUGUAAUUUAGGGAAGAAGAAAAUAUAGUGUAAAUUAAAUGGUCGAAAAAUUAGAAGAUCGGUUAAAAUAUGUCUGAUCAGGAAAAUAAAUUCUUUUAAGCAAAUGAUUCUGAGGCUUAGCAAAUUGAUAGAAAUCGAUAGUAAUUGGCGAUGAAAAACAUGCAUACAUAGUUUUAUGCUCACUAAUAGUCAACAUUGGAUUAGCCAAUAAAAAAAACUAUAACUGCAAAAAAAUCAGAAUAAAUGAAUGAACAAAUCUUAAGGGAAGCUCAACUUCAUUUGGGUUAGGCAAAUGGCAAGAAAUUGAAUUUAAAGAAUGUUAUUGAUGGAAGCAAUGAGGAUAUUAUUUAAGAAUCAAAAGAAAGCUUUCAGUUUGGUGAUUAAGAUUAAAGCAACCUUAACACUGGUAGAACUUUAGACAGCUUGGAUGAACACAUAAAAAUUGAUAUAAUAGGUGAUUAUGCAAAGUUGCUUGGUCGGGAGAGGCAUUAACAAAUGAAUAAUAACAGCUCUUAUUAUGUUUAGAAGCGGAAACUCAUUUAAACUCAGCAUAGCUAAUAAUGUGAGCCUAAGGAGUCUCAUCCCAUAAAGAAUCCAUUUAACUACUUUGAGAAUAUUGAGGAAAACAUGUUUAUGGAGGAAGAAAAGUCAAUUAGAAGAAGUAGCUCUAUGAACAAAUUAAGAUAGGAAAAUAUUAAUAAAGAAAAAUACGACAUGAGGAAAAUGAAGGUGAAAGAGCCAAAUGCUUUUAAAUUAAUCAAUUCUUAAAAUCCAUCAUUUAUACCUAGUGGUAAAGAAAGCAGUUAGAAUUCUGCAAGAUAAUUGAUGAUAGAUGAUUGCCGAGAAAGUUCUAUCAUCAGAAAGAAAAACCAUUCUUUAUCAGACUCCAAAAUUUAGAAAAUAGAAAUCUAAAAGACCAUUGAGGAAUCGAAGGAUGAUGGAGGUAAGAUCAAAGAUUAGGCUAGAGAAUUCAACUCAAUGGGCACAAAUAUCAAUCAUUUUAUCCCGAAACCAUAUUUGGAAAAAGAUGACUAAGCAUCUGAUAUAAAUAACAUAAAUGAUUUCUUAGGAGAUGGUAGCAUUUACAAUCAUCCAUUAGCCCAUGAAAGUAACGCACAAAAUUUAGCAGCUUAAGAAGCUCCUUAAAACCAAGAUUACCCUUAUAGGCAAUAAUAGAAUUAAAUUCAGGUCUAGCAAGGUCCAUCGAUUUAGAAAAUAAAGAACAAUUGCUGUGCAGAGAUUAUGAUAGUUGAUGACAUUGACUAUAAUAGAUAUAUCCUAGUUUAAGUCAUAUAAACGUUAUUUGGACUCGACUGUAUAUAGGCUUGUAAUGGUUAAGACUGCAUCGAUUAAGUAGAAGAAUUAGACUCAAAGACUUGCUUAGCUUUAACAGCAUACAAUGAUGAAAAACAAAAAUGUCUUGGUGUAGGAAUGAAAAGAUUUUUGACAAAACCUGCAAAAUCAGAUGAGUUAAGAGGUAUUUUAAUGGAGAUCGCAACUGGAAAGCUUUGA